UCUCCACAUAGAGCUGCUCCACCCCAGUUGGGCUCUAUGUGACAUUCCUGCCAGCCAGCCUGUGGGAGGAAUGAUGAGCAGGGCCUGCAAUUACAGGCACGUGACACCCAGAAGCCCGAAGCUUCUCUAAGUUCCAAGUCUGUAGGAGACCCAAGUCAGAGCCAUGGCAUUGUCGCUGGAAGAAUUUGUCCACUCCCUUGACCUCCGGACCCUCCCCCGGGUCCUAGAAAUCCAGUCAGGGAUCUACUUUGAAGGUUCUGUUUAUGAAAUGUUUGGAAAUGAAUGCUGUUUGUCAACAGGAGAGGUGAUUAAAAUUACUGGCCUCAAAAUUAAGAAGAUCAUAGCUGAAAUUUGUGAGCACAGUGAAGGUGGUGAAUCACCACAACCAUUUGAAUUGCCUAUGAAUUUUCCAGGUCUUUUUAAGAUUGUGGCGGAUAAAACUCCAUACCUUACUAUGGAUGAAAUUAUAAGGACCAUCCAUAUUGGAUCAAGUAGACUAGGGCAUCCUUGCUUCUAUCAUCAGAAGGAUAUGGAACUAGAGAAUCUUGUCAUCAAGCAAGGUGAGGAAAUCAUGCUCAACUCAGUUGAAGAAAUCAAUGAAGAAAUAGUGGUGAACUGUGGUGUGGUAAGAAACCAUCAAAACCACUCGUUUACUUUGCCUUUGUCACAAGAAGGAGAAUUCUACGAGUGUGAAGAUGAACGUAUUUAUACUCUAAAGGAGAUCGUUGAAUGGAAGAUUCCAAAGAACAGGACACGAACUGUGAAACUUACAGAUUUUUCAAAUAAGUGGGACUUACCGAAUCCAUUCCCUGAAGGCUUUUAUGGUGCUCUGAUACUCAAGCCUGUUUAUGAAAUUCAAGGUGUGAUGAAAUUCCGAAAGGAUAUAGUCCGCAUCCUCCCCAGUUUAGAUGUUGAAGUCAAAGACAUUACUGACAGCUAUGACGCCAACUGGUUUCUUCAGCUGUUAUCUACACAAGAUCUUUCUGAAAUGACCAGUAAAGAGUUCCCCAUUGUGGCUGAGGUCAUAGAAGCACCUCAAGGAAGCCAGCUCCUCGCAAGCAUCUUACAGCCUGGGAAAACCAUUGUGAUUCACCAAAAGUGUCAGGCAUCGAGGAUCUUAGCUUCAGAAAUUAGAAGCCAUUUUCCUAAAAGACACUUUUUAAUCCCUAAGAGCUAUAAAGGCAAAUUCAAGCGGCGACCUCGGGAAUUCCCAACAGCUUAUGACCUUGAGAUAGCAAAGAGUGAAAAGGAACCUCUCCACGUGGUGGCCACCAAAGCCUUUCAUCCCCCGCAUGAGGAGCUGUCAUCUGUAGCUGUCGGGGACCAGUUUCUAGUGCAUCACUCACAGACGACUGAAGUCCUCUCUGAGGGCAUCAAAAAAGUGGUGAAUGUUCUGGCCUGUGAAAAAAUCCUCAAAAAAUCCUAUGAGGCAGCACUGCUCCCUUUAUACAUGGAAGGAGGUUUUGUGGAGGUGAUUCAUGAUAAGAAACAGUACCAGAUUGCUGAGCUCUGUGCACAGUUCCACUUGCCCUUCAAUGUGAAGGUAUCUGUGAGAGAUCUUUUCAUUGAAGAAGACAUUUUGGCGGCUACGCCAGGACUGCGGUUGGAGGAAGCUAUCACGGACUCUUAUCUACUCAUAAGUGACUUUGCCAACCCCGCAGAAUGUUGGGAAAUUCCUGUCAGCCGCUUAAAUAUGACUGUUCAGUUAGUUAGUAAUUUGUCUCAGGAUACGGGAUCAUUUCUAGUCAGGACUCUGAUCGAAGAGAUCACGGAAGAACAGUAUUACAUGAUGCGAAGAUAUGAAAGCUCCUUCUUGCACCCCCCACCUCGCCCCCCCAAACAUCCCUCGGUGGAAGAAGCAAAGCCAACUCUGCUACACAUAGCAGAAGAGAGGACUGUGGGUCUGCCCAAGUCUCCCAAGAGUCUCCAUGUAGAUAUAUCCAAGAAACUUCAUUCCCAUCAAGCUGGCCUGGAUUCAAAAGUACCAGUUGGUUGUCAAAAUGCUUUGGCUGAUCUGGAGAAAGAGAGAAGCAAGAGUGGAGCAGCGGCAGUAGCAGGCACCGAUGGAACCACAGAAAUGUUCAAAAAUGAAAAACAUCAAAAAUAACGAGAUGUGACUGAAGCCACUUGGGUAGUGACCAUAAAUGUUGUGAUGGAAAAGUAAGCCUGGCCUUCUAGCUGAAAAACAACGAUUUCCCAAUGGCCCCCACAAGAAACUCGAUUGCCCAGUGCAAAGAAGAAAACAACUUUAAACGUUUUAACAGAUAAACAAAGCAGAAACCUAUGUAUAGAUGUCACAUAAUCUACUCUGUUGUGCCAAAACCUUUAAGUAUUGUUUCAUUGUCAC